GAGUCGAUGCAAUGACGGUAGAUAACGAAAGCGAGUUGCAUAAGAUUAAAAAACUUCAUCCCGAUGCCAAGGUCGUCAUUCGAAUCCGUUGCGACGCAGAAAUAGCUAAAUUUCAGUUGGGCCUGAAAUACGGUUGCGAUCCGAUUUAUGAGGCACCUAAUCUUCUGCAUCUCGCGCGCAUGCUGGGUCUCGACGUGAUCGGAAUCAGCUUCCACGUUGGCUCCGGUUGUCAAGACCCACCCGCGUAUCAUCGGGCCAUACGCCACGCCAGGUCGCUGUUCGACCUGGCGAUGGACAUCGGUUUCAAGCCACAUCUCUUGGACAUCGGCGGCGGUUACCCGGGGAACAAAGGUACCAGCAUCGACAAGAUCGCCGACGUCGUCAAUGAAGCGCUCGAUGAGUACUUCAACACCGACGCCGUUCACGUAAUCGCUGAACCCGGCCGCUUCUACGUGGCCUCUGCAUUUACACUCGCGACCAAUAUUCACAGCAAGCGUUCGGUCCGCAGCAACGAAGCCUCGCCCAAUGUCAUUACGCACAACAUGUACUACAUCAACGACGGCGUUUACGGUUCUUUCAACUGUGUAGUGUGCGAGGAUCAGGUCGUGACUCCGAUACCUUUGAAGAAAGGUUGCGGAAAACUGAUCCCCUCGACCAUCUGGGGACCGACCUGCGACUGUUUAGAUCAAGUCGUCGAAAACGUUUUGCUGCACGACAUGGAUCUCGGGGAUUGGAUCAUCUUUGAAAAUAUGGGAGCUUACACUCUGGCGAUCACUACGCAGUUCAACGGAUUCCCGGUAUCGAAAGUUCACGUCAUCGCCAAUAAGAAGAUUUGGCGUCUUUUAAAAAAUGCUCUGCCUUUGACCGAGGAGCACUUCGUCAUCGGCAACACUCCAGCUAAUUUACGACUUGGCCUGGAUACCGGUGGCGAUGAUACCAAUGUCUGGCACCAUCCGAGCAUCGAACUUACAGCCACGGAGAUAUUGGAUGGCGAUAAUAGUCCGCCGUCGUCCUACAUUUACGAUUACGUCGAAGUCGAUGCUUUGAGUUAAUACGCGAUGAUGAAAGACGCGUUUCCAUUCAUUUAUUAAUCAGAAUUAAAUCAAAUAUUUUCCUUAUUU